AGCAGUACUGCAACCCUAUCUAAUUUUGCUUUAGCUACGGUAGUUGAUUCCGAAACGCACCCUGUAUCAUACCUUAUUCAGGAGGGUUAAUGAUGCUAUAAAUUAGCUGCACUUCAGGAGCUCCGAUCAGGACAAAGCGGAUUUUAAAUCAGAAUAACAAAUGGAUCCUCUAGAGGUGAAAAGAUACAAAUCUAAUGAUACCUCCAAGUCUCCCAGCCCAAAAGUUCUUUCUGAUGUUAUAAAUUGGCUCAAACCAGCGAAUAUUGCUAUCGAGUAUCAUGAUUUAUUGGAAAAUAGCAUAGAAAUUACCUACAAUGCACUGUACAAGGUUUCAAAGAGAAUAGAACGACUUUUGGAAGACUGUUGCGAAUCGAUGUUCAUUGGAAUCAGUCCUGAUGUUCCAUCAAUAUGUAUUCCAGCUCUCAUGAUCGGAAUAAAUCUCUCGAAUAAUGCUUUCGUCUGUCUCCAAUCAGUACCCUUAGACACUGGCGUUUCGAACGACGGAUUGGAAAUUGAAUACUUCUUCGCAAAAAAACCAAUGAAGAAUACAAAUGUAAUUAAGGAACUUCACAUUCACGAUGAGUCUUUAUUAUUCCUCAAAUUUAGACAAUGCUCACCCAAGAGUACUCUUGAAGGAAAUAAUAUAUAUGCAUAUGCUGUAACUACUUCAGGCUCAACUGGAGACCCCGUAGUGGUUAGAGUAAGUCAUGCCUCGAUAAUUCCAAAUAUUGCAGAUCUCAGCAGGAUUUUCGAACUCUCAAGUGAGGACAAAGUGGCUCAAUUCAUACCUCUUACAUUUGACCCAUGUGUGAUUGAGAUAUUCAUGACUUUGUCAUGCGGCGGAACUCUCUUUGUCACUUCCAGCGAUAUGAAAAAUGAUCCUCAGAAGCUUCUGGCGUCAGUCCUCGCCAGCAACGUUACGAUCAUGCAAAGUACACCAUCUCUAUUAAUGCAUCGCUGGUCCUUUCACGAUUUAAAAUCAACAAUUUUUGGGGAGCAGAGUUAUCUACGGAUUCUUGUGCUCGGUGGUGAAUCGUUUCCAAGUCCCGGAAUUCUCUUUAAUUGGAAACAUUCAUACAAUAAAUGCAGAUUUUUCAAUAUUUAUGGGAUUACUGAAGUCUCCUGCUGGGCGAGUAUUAACGAAAUUUUCCCUACAUCCCACCCAAGAGAUCUUGGACAAAUUCUGAGUGAAACAAUGUUUGAAGUUAGGAAUGAGAAUGACACAAUUAUUUCUGAGGGGGAAGGUCAACUUUAUGUUGGAAGUAAUAGUAGGAUUUGCCUAAUAAACACUGAAAAAAUGGAAGAAAUGAAAUUGCCAGUAUUUAGAGACACUGGAGAUUUAGUAUUACUCGAUAAAUCGGGAAAAAUAUUUCUCAAUGGUAGGAAGAAUCGUCGAGUUAAGAGAUUUGGACACAGAAUAAAUUUGCAACAACUGGAAAAUCAUGUAAAUCAACUCGAUAUCGUGGGGAAUUCUCAUGCAAUUUUUUUACCAAAAAACCAGACAUUACAUAUUUUCUUCACUAGUCGACAUGAAAUCAAUGAAGAAAGCGAUGACCAGAAGUUGACAACUGAUGUACUUCAACAUGUAAAGAAGUUAUCGUCAAUUUACCAACCUAAUAAAAUACAUUUAAUCAAAUCAUUUCCUGUCACAACGAAUGGAAAAAUUUGUAUUGAUUCGUUAAGACGAAUUUGUAGUAUUCCAGGAGGAAAAUUCGAUAUUGCAGAUAACGCAAAAAUCUUUCAUGCAAUUUGGAGUAAUUAUGUAACUACACACGACUCUGGAUUUGUAGAGAGUGGAGGAACUUCAGUAAUUGCCCUUCAGAUUGCUAAUGAAAUGUCUGAGAGAACUGGAAAUGAAUAUCCGGAGUUAAUUGGAAGGAUGUUGAGAAAUGAAACCUUAGAAUCUUGUACAGUAUAUGUUUCUCAAGCAAAAUUGAAUGUGAUGGAUAAAAUUGUAGAAAGUGGCAAAUCUGAGAGUUCAAAGGAAGCGUUGAACUCGUCUAAGAAUAUUCUAAAUAGUGUGAAUACAAUCCAAAAAUCUGAUGAAGAAAACAUAUGGUUGUGGCAAAAAUGCAGGGGGAAAAUCAUAUUCAAUAAUUUUGAAGAUUCUGAAAACAUUGACAUUUCCAAACCACCUGGAAAAACUGGAAAAUUUUCUCGGAAAAAAUCUUGUAAUUUAUCAAAAUGUGUCGAUGCUUCGCCGACAAUUUUUUGUUAUGGUGGAAAAAUUUAUGCAACUGUUGGAUCCCAUUCUGGAAUCAUAUGCACAAUUCGAUUGAGGGCAGAAGGGUCGGAGGAAAAAAGCUGGACAGUGCAGUUGCCGGAUAGAAUAGAAGCAUCCAUUCUCAUAGAAAAUUACUUCAGGGGAAUCGUUGGAUGUUACGAUGGAUUUUUAUAUUGUAUUGAUCUCACAUCAGGUGAGAUAAUGUGGAAAUUGCAGACAGGAGAUACAAUCAAAUGCUCUGCUGUAUUCUGUAGUGAAAGAAAGAACAUUUUCUUCGGGUCUUAUGAUCAUCAUGUUUACUGUGUCUUGUCAAAG